AAGAGGAGAAAGCGACCAUGCUGAAAAUAUCGCAAGGCACUGGAGGAUGCGGAUGCGAUCAUUUCGGUGGAUAUCGUUCGCUCGCUAGUGUACACUUGGGAUCACCGUUUUUAAUAGCAAAAUAAUUGAUGACACACACCGCACCGACCUCCUAAAGAAAGGAACAGUGAGAGCCACAGCCGACAGUCCUGUUCCUCUGACGUCAGAGACAUUUUAAUAACAAAACAUACAAUGAAAGAGCAUGGCUUUGGCCUCACUCUGGUCAUUGCCGAUGCCCUGCGCCAGUGUCCGUACCAUCCCCACCAUCACCCUCGUCACCUAUCCUCUCACCCAAAACACCCCCCGCUGAGACCCAGCCGACCGAGUUAGAGCUAACGUCCACCAUGCUGUCAGGAAGCUACAGUCGCUCCACGGUGGACUCACCCGCCAUGCCCUCUGCCUCCACCAGGGGGAGAACUACCAGUGUGGACAGUGUGUCCAGUAGGGAGAGUGGAGCCAGUGUGAGCAGCAGUGUGAGCGUGCCCACGGUGUGUGGAGUCCCCAGUGGUACGGUGGUUCUGGAGGCACACUAUGAUUAUCAAUACCGUGGGGCAGAUGGACGACAGGUCUGCAUCCGAGAGGGGGAGCGGUUUAUUCUCCUGAGGAAGACUAACACUGACUGGUGGCAGGUGCGGAGGAUCGGGGCAGCCAGUAAAGCCAAUCCCCUGUAUGUCCCAGCUACAUACGUAGUGGAGGUACCCAUCACUCCUCUGUCAUCAGCACCACAACAACAAAAUGCCAACAACAACAUGUGUAACCAUGCCAACAUGAGACUGCAGCUACAGUCAUCUCUGUCUCUCUGCUCUAACAGCCAGUACUCAGUGCUCAAAACCUUCUGUCGGUCAAUGGAGGACCUCAAUUCUCACAGUGCCUUCAGGGGAGUCAACAGCCACAGCCCUACCCCCAGUCUGGAAGGAGGAGGGUGUCACUUCCCCACCAUGCCCCUCCCUGCCCUCCCCUCCUACACCGCUAGCUCCUCCUCAGGACAUCUGCUGGUCCCUGGGGGCCCCCAGACCUCCAUUGGCCUCUCGGGCCCCAUCCCCCGCACUAAAAGCUUCAACAACCUGCCCCAGAACCCUUACGAGGAGAUCGAAGUGGCGGAGAUGGGGGUCGGGAUGGGACUGAGUGGACGGAGCACACCCAUCGGGGGUGUUGCCAAGUCCCUUAGCCAAUGGGACAUGGCCGAGGCCACCUGCAGAAACAGCCGUCUGCAGGUGUCUCCCCAGUCCUACAUUUCCCAGCAGUCUCUCCUGGAGUCUACUCUAUACUCCUCCAUCCACCAGGUGAAGAGGCGGAGCCAAGUGGAGCCCCCCAGCCCCGCCCCCGGCCAGCGACCCAUGCAGGUGCUGGACCUAUGGGAGCAGUAUUCGGACCCCUCCACGGGGCGAUGUUUCUAUGUCAACACCGUUACCAAGGAGAGGUCCUGGAAACCCCCCCGCAGAGCCCGUGAAUGGGUAACAGACAUACAGUGCCUUGCAAAAGCUCGUCCCCUGCAACCACAGACAAUCCCCAGGGACGCCAACCACCUGUCUCUCCCAAUCCCAGGCACAGAGAAUGGCAACAUGAACAGGAUCUCUUCAGACUUCCUGUACGGUGGGCAGAUUGCUGACAGUGGCCGGGAGUUGGGUCAGAGCAUGCAGAGAGCAGUUUCCUCCAACACCAUCAGCACCACAGCUUUCAGAACAGGAGAGUCUCAGGGGGUUGUCCAGCGACGUCACUCUGCCCUACUGCAUCAUGGGACGGAGCAGCUCAGCCACUCACAAACCAUAAUACUGCCCAAGAACGGCAAGCUGGGCCAGCAGGGCAGAGACUGUUCCUACCCUGGGACCAGUGUUGUGGUGGUGGAGCCUCCUUCUCCAGCCACCUCUCCUGACAGCAAUGACAGCUCCACACCCGAGCUGGAAAAGGCAGGUCUGCUGAACAAGACUAAGAUAGCAGAGGGAGGCCGGAAACUGAGGAAGAACUGGAAUCCGUCGUGGGUGGUUCUGGUCGGGAACAGUCUGGUGUUCUUCAAGGAUCCCAAAUCCCAGACCCCCUCCAGCUGGAAACCAGGCAACAGUCGUCCGGAGAGCAGUGUAGACCUGAGAGGAGCUGUGGUGCAGUGGACCAAUGACCUGUCCAGCAAGAAAAAUGUCUUCAAGCUGAGGACGGUGACAGGGAAUGAGUUCCUACUGCAGUCAGAGACAGGUUCACUGAUCAGAGAGUGGUUCAAUACCAUCCACAGUGUCAUCGAUAGACUGGAUCGGGAGAAUCCCCUGGACAAUGUUCUGCUGUACUCUCUGAGGAGGGCGGGUAGUGUGGAGAUGUUGGACCACAGUGGAGAUGAGGAGGACAGUCGAGGAGGAUAUAAGGCAUCACUCCCUCGUUCUGCUUCCAACGUGGAGAACUCAGAGAGGAAGCGUGUUCGGAGCAGACUGAAGAAGUUCAUCCUCAAGAGACCUCCACUACAGAUCCUACAAGAGAAAGGACUCAUCAAGGACCAGGUGUUUGGCUGUCAUCUAGAGAUGCUGUGUGAGAGAGAGAAGAACAACGUGCCUCGUUUCGUCAGGCUCUGCACUGAGGCUGUGGAGAGGAGAGGUCUGGAGACAGACGGUAUCUACAGAGUGAGUGGGAACCUGGCGGUCAUCCAGAAACUACGCUUCCUAGUCAACCAUGAGCGAGCGGUGACUACAGACGGACGUUAUAUGUUCCCUGCGGAGUUGGUACAAGAGAAGUUGAACCUGGAACAGAGUGAGUGGGAGGACAUCCAUGUCAUCACAGGAGCCCUGAAGCUGUUCUUCAGAGAGCUUCCUGAACCCCUGGUUCCUUACGGCUUCUUCACAGACAUCUUAGAGACCGUCAAGAUGUCAGACUACCUGGAUAAAGUGGACCGUCUGAAGUCUCUGGUACUGAGCAUGCCUCCUCCCAACCAAGACACCAUGAGGUUCAUGUUCAGCCAUCUCAAACGGGUGAUGGAACAUUCUGACUCUAACCGGAUGUCGACCCAGAACAUCGGCAUAGUGUUCGGUCCCACCCUGAUGCGUCCGGAGAGGGACAAUGUUAACAUGGCCAUCAACAUGGUCUACCAGAACCAGGCCGUGGAGCUCAUUCUCAAUGAGUUUGACCGUAUCUUCAGACCCAGCAACUUUACAUCCCUCUGACAUCCAUUCAGCCUAGGAAACCGAACCUACAACCCACCCAGCCCCAAGGACCCAGUCAGCACAGAACACCGAACCUACAACCGACCCAGCCCCAAGGACCCAGUCAGCACAGAACACCGAACCUAGAACUCACCCAGCCCCAAGUACCCAGUCAGCACAGAACACCGAACCUACAACACACCCAGCCCCAAGGAUCCAGUCAGCACAGAACACCGAACCUAUAACACACCCAGCCCCAAGGACCCAGUCUAGAGCCCACCCAAGCCUAUCCCAACCAGCCUGAACCCAACUCAGUGACCUGAACCAUCUUUGGACCCAACCCCUCUGGUACUGUAUCCUCCAACACCCAAACCCAACCUGAGCCAAACACAGAGACCAGAACCGACAGAACCAGACAUGCUGUGAAAGGGACACCAGCUUCUCCUCGCAUUCUUCUUACUUACUCCCUGUAGUAUCAACUAGUGGUAAAAACAUAGGUGGGUGAACUGCAUUACACCCCCUGGUAUCAACACCAGCUUAACUCACCUCAUCCCACGGCACGGAGAAAGACCUGGGAACUGGAGGAAAAGCCCAUAUGGAUCAUGUACAGUAUGUUUCCUUAUCUCCUGUUGUAGUGUAGUAGCAACUACAGCCCAACUCGCCUCCGCCAAACACAACGGCAGCACCAAGCUGUUUAAUCUUUGUGCCACUGUCUAUUAACUGUCUACAAUAAAGUUAUUGAGAAGUUUUCAAACGUGA